CAGGUAAAGUCUUUCUGCGCUGUGAGGGAAGAAGAAACAACCCCUUACGAUAGAGAAGAUCAAACAAUCAUGUUCUUCAUCUUCAACAACGGUGAAUUUGAGCAAAAUGUUAGUGUCGCUCACCACUCAUAUUUAUGUCAAAUAAUGUGCUAACACAUGAGAUAAUAAAUUGAAGGUGGUAUAAAAAGAUGGCAAGUGUAGCAUUACUCUAAUAUAAUAUUAUAAAUUGGAUUAGGUGUACAUCAUUUGUCUCUCACUAACUUUGCUAUGUAAUUCUCACUAUCAUAAUGUGUGAUUAUUCAUUGUUGAUAAUACGUGUUAUAUCUGCUACUUACUCCACAAAUUUGAUGACAUGGUUUGAGAAAAAAAUUCAUUUACCCUACAAACUAUCAUUGGAAAAUCAAACACCAAAAAUUCUUGUUGAAAAUACAAUAAGUACUAUUAGGUUGAGAUUUUUUCGUCCCUCACUAACCUAAUCAUAUAGUCGCCACUAUUGCGAUGUGAAAUUCCUCAUUGUUAGGUAAUAAUGUGAUAUAACAUCACCAAAAUUUCUUGUUUAAAAAGCCAAAACCAAUUGAAUUAUUUGACAAAUGCUAAAUUUGAAUGUGUUGUAGGAUAUAUCUGCUGCUGGAAUUGAUACUACGUACUCUGCUUUAGAGUGGGUGUUUGUAGAGCUAUUGAAACACCCCAAAGUCUUGAGGGAACUUCAGAACCAAGUGCGACGAAUAGGGAACGGCAAGCAAUACAUAACUGAAAAUGACUUAUAGAAAAUUCACUACAUAAAAGCCGUGAUCAAAGAGACUAUGCGCCUACAUCCUCCUAUUCCAUUGCUAGUUCCUCGAAGAUCAACCCAAGAUGUCAAGUUAAUGGGGUAUGACAUUGCAGCUGGCACACAAGUAAUUACAAGUGCUUGGGCGAUUGGGAGAGACCCAUUGUCAUGGGAUGAGCCAGAGGAAUUCAGGCCCGAGAGGUUCUUGAAUACUUCAAUAGAUUUCAAAGGGCAUGACUUCGAGCUAAUCCCAUUUGGUGCUGGGAGAAGGGGUUGUCCUGGAAUUCAAUUUGCCACAGCAGUGGAUGAGCUUGCAUUGGCAAAUCCUGUGUACAAGUUUGAUUUUGCUGCCCCUAAUGGAGCAAGAGGAGAGGAUUUGGACAUGAGUGAAGCUAUUGGUUUGACAGUCCACAAGAGGUCUCCUAUAUUGGCUGUUGUGACUCCUUGUUUUUUCUAGUCUCCACCUAAUCCUUAAAAAAAAUAAAAAAUUAUUAUUAUUAUUAUUAUUAUUA